UUAGUGCACGUGACGAUCAGCUGACUCCAACCGGAAGCUUUGAGGACGCAGGCUACAAAAAUAACACAUCUUCAUGCACAAUACAGGACUUUUGUAGUUAUUAACAAUUGAUAAUAAUGGAAUCGACCCUCGAACAGCAUCUCGAUGAUACCAUGAAAAAUCCAGCAGUUGUCGGAGUGCUGUGCACGGAUGAACAAGGACACAAUCUGGGCUGCCGUGGCUCCCUGUCUGAUGAACAUGGCGGUGUUGUGUCCGUUUUGGCCAAACAAGCAGCAGCUCUCGUCAAAGAACCAACGGAUAGUCCGACAGUGUGUUUGGAGUCUGAGUCAGGAAACAUUCUGGUGAGGAGUCAUGGGACCGUCACAGUAGCAGUUCACAAGAUAUCAUCUUGAAGACAUCACGACUCACGGAAGACUUUUAUAUGUAAAGAAAUGUACAUGAAAGGCACACAAGUAUAUUCACACAAUCCGGUUGAACUUUAUAAAAGAUCUUCAGUUUGCAAGAGAAAUCUGGAUGUGUUUUCUGCAGAUCCCAUAUUUAAACCAGAACAUGCUUGCCGUGAGAUUCCCUCCUUCUAAAUAUAUUAUAUAAAUAUGUAUACCAAGCUGUCAGUAAUGCAUUCAUAAAAAGGUCCUUCAACAUCUUAUUUCCAGCUAUGUUCAUACUUUGUGUGUUUUUGUUAUAAUCCAUAUCGUUCAAUACCAGGAUGCACAGAGAACACCACUUAAUAAACUUCAACUUUACUUUA